GGAGAACCGGAACCACAACACACAGACACACAGAGUCAGGUCUGUACUAAGCUGCUGUGUCUUGUGUUGGUCCUCCAGCUGGUUCAGUCCAUGGAUCACAACGUUGAGUGACAGACAGGCAGACAGACAGCGAGGAUGGACAGCAGCACCGAUCAAGGUCCUGUUGUGGGAGGUGAGCAGUCAGACUGCAGAGCUGCCAGCAAGAGGCGCCAGGCUUGGGCUCAGAGCAGAGAGUCUGUCUGGCAUGACCCAGAAAACCAGGAAGAGGGGGGGCGGGGCCAAGGAUCCAUCGACGAAUCAGGUCGAGUCCCUAAUAAGAUCAGCAGUUGGCUGAGUGAGUGCAGGACCCCGCUGGGUGCAUCUCUAGAUGACCAGAGUUCUUCUCCCAGCAGAGUGCUGAGGAACGGCUGUAGCUUUGAAGAUGACCUGUCACUGGGAGCUGAAGCCAACCACCUUCAGUCCAGCAGUGCCAACACUGAGCAACCCUGCUAUGGUCUCCCGGUGCAGGAGAGGAGGAGUCAGUAUAAACAGAAAGGACGGAGUAUGAACUCCACAGGCUCUGGGAAGAGCAGCACAGUGUCCAGGUCAGCAUGGUUAGCUAGUUAUAUCAAACCACAUAAUCAUCCCACAUAUUCACUCAUCACACCCUGUGUAUCAGAGUUAUUAGACUUGUAUGAGGAAGACCCAGAGGAGAUUCUAUAUAAUUUGGGUUUUGGUCGGGAGGAGCCGGACCUCGCCUCCAAGGUUCCUUCACGUUUCUUCUCUUCUGCUUCAGGAGCCAGAGGCAUUGAUGUCAAGGUUUACCUUGGAGCUCAGCUACAACGAAUGGAGCUUGAAAACCCAAACUACGCACUAACCAGUCGUUUCCGGCAGAUCGAGGUGUUGACCACGGUGGCUAACGAGUUCUUCCAGCUGUACAGCCAGGUGUCUGGUCAACCACUCCAACGCAUCGGUAGCCGAGGAGGAGGAGGAGGAGGGGAGGAGGAGGCUUUGCCCUCUCCUCUGAAGAGAAAUAACUCUGCUAUGAACGCUGCAAAGAUCCUGAAAAAGACUAUCACCAAACACAACCUGCUGAGCAGUACUGCAGGGUCCCCCAGUACCGACAAACCAGCUACUGAAAACACAGCUGCCGAAGGUCACGCACACUCCUCAUUCUCAGUGUCCUGUGAUGAUGAAGAGCGCUGCAGUACCGGCCCUGACCAGCAGGGUCUUCCUGCCAAACAAAAAGCCCUGCGGAAGAAAGACAAACACUCCCUGGCAACUGUUACCGAGGAGACCAACAGGCCGUCACAUCUGAUGGAGGAGACGGAAAGACAGACAGACAGCCUGGAACCAAACGUCUCAGGACCAACAGCCAAUGGAGAGUCGCCACCAGAGACAGCUGACCUGAAAUCAACCAAUCAGACUGCCCAGCACAGCAGUCCAGAAAAUGGAGAGGAGGAGCAGCAGUGGACCUCCAUCCUGGAGGGAGCUCCUCUGGUUCUGCUGUCCAACCCACAGCUGGCCCAGCUCAGGACGGAGACCAAGGACUCCUUUGAGAUGGAGGAGGUACAGAGUAACGAAGAUGACGUUCUGCCACCAAGAACCUCCAGAAUCAAUGACCUGUUGAGAUCUGCCAGUCAGCAUUCAGACAGCAGUGGUUUUGCUGAGGAGCCGUUGACCGACUGCCCCAGCUAUUUAAAGCUGCAGGAGAGUAGCGACAGCUGUGACAGUGAGACUACGGUCACGUCACGACUAUCACAUGACGUGGCCACACCCCUUGCCCUAGAACAGCCGGCAUUUGAUAGGCUGGUUGGCGCAGAGGAGGAGGAGCCUGAUGGAUGUUCUACAGAGACAGAGGAACACGAUGGGAGUUCUGAAGAAGUCCUUCAAUACUCAGUCCACCAGCUCCCAACUGAAGAACCAACCAGAACAGGAACUAGGAGGAGAAUGGAGGGUUUGUGUGGUGUGUCAGACUCCUCUCUGGUCCAGCAGGUUCUGAAGCAGGCCUCCUCCUGCCAUCAGGGUCUGGCAGUGCCCAGAGAGAGACGCCUUCCUCUGCAGAGGUCUUCCUCACUGCCAUCCUCCUUCCUCUCUCCGACCCGCGUGGUCUCCUCUAUGAGGAUCCAGUUUGGGAGCGGGGGCAUGGCAGCCUCCACCCCCCCAAAAUACUCCUACCAAUACGCCUACCAGGAGGAGGAGGAGGAGGGGGAGCAAACCAAGUGCAUGUCUACUCUGGUCAUAAAGCCUGCCUCCUCUCACACUAAUGACCACUCAUCUUGUCUCAACAUGGACACUUUCACCCCCACAAUCCCUAAACCCAUUCCCCGCCACCUAAUCCCAUCCUCCUAUUGUCUGCCAAGCCCCAGUCCUCCUCCUGAUGGUUUUGGGAGGCUGUUAGGAGGUUAUACUCGCUCCUGGAGCACCCAGAGUGUUCCUGAUCUGUCCUCUGAUCAGCAGCAGCCUGGCCACUUACAUCAGAAGCAGAACACCAACCAGAACAACCAUAGCUGGAGUCAUUUAACUAAUGCUAAUGCUAAUGCUAUUGCUAGUCCCUUCCCUUGUCCGUGCCCAGCUCAGUAUCCUGGCCCCUUCCAGUCAUAUCCCAGUGUCCCCAGUCUGCAUCAGUGCCACCGGUACCCCUCCCAUCCCUUUCCCCACCACAGUAGUCCAGGCAUUCUGUAUCAGCCUCCAGCUCCCACAAUCCCUCAGCACAGCGGCCUCACCUUUCUCCAUCAGCCUACAAGCACCACAAUAGCCGAUCAAAGCUACAUCCAUGCUCAGCUGCCUGUUGGUUCGUACAGUCACACCCCCUCCCCUGCCUCAUCCUACCAUAGUUACAGCCCCCACCACCCACCCGCAUCUGCCCUGGGUCUGGGUCUUCAGCCGGGGCUGGCUCAUAGUCCUGCACCAGGUGGCUUCCAGACCCCAUCCAGCACUGAGAUGCAGCUGAGGAGAGUCCUGCAUGAGGUCCGGGGAUUAGUCCAGAGCCUGGCCCAGAACUCAGCAGACACUCCUUCAGACAUGCUGAGCGAACCCAGAGCAGCUCUGUCCAUCAGCCAGUUAUCUCUGGCAGAGCUACAGCACAAGAGGCGGAGUCUGAAUGCAUUUCGGAGUCACAUGAUGGAUCUGGAGCUGUCAAUCAUCAGACAGCAAGCACUGGUCUACACACACAUGAGUCCUACUGACAGGCUGCAGGUAGAGCAGCUUCAGGCUCUGAGGACAGCAGUCAGAGAUGAACUAAAGGACCUGGAAUACCAACUGGAAGAUAGACUGCAAUACACACAUGCUAUGGGUCUUCAUCGAGGUGGUAGUGUUGACAGUCUGUCUGCUGCCUCAGCACUGAGAGCAAUGGAGCCGGUAUCUGACCUCCUUAGGGAACAGCUUCAUCUUCAAUCAGAACUUGACUAUGAAGGUCACACCCCCUCCGCUGGCCCCUCCUCCCGUUCCUCCAGUCCAAUCAGAACAAAUUCUGGGCAGAAAUCAGAAGUGUACCGGGCAUCAAUCAACAUAACACCUGCUGCUCCUCCUCGGCCCAUCACCCACACUGCAGAGAGAGAGAGGUUCGAGCAAGAUGAGGGGGGCAGGGAUGAAGGCCGAAGAUGGGUGGACCAACAGCAGGAGAGGGCAGGAGCAGAGGGAGGAGCCGGAGAUGGUGUUGCCAUUGGAAACCUCCAACUACUCAUUCAAAAGAUCAGAGAAAGUGUGGUGCAGGAAGUUCGUCGGGAAAUUUUCAACGAGCUGAUGGAUGUUGUGUCACCACAGAGGUCACAUUCGGUGACCACAGAACAACCCCUGUAGUCAUGGCUACC